CGCAUCAGCGGGGUCGAUAGCAACAAAGAAGCCCGCUGGCAACGGACCCAUAAAUGUCGUACACUUCUGUUUCCACAGAGGGAUGUGAAACGCAAACUAGGACUUUACUUUUCUCCAGACUGGCUUCCUUUAAUUCAUACGAUCAUUUUGCGCUGAAAACUCGUUCAUUCACAGUCACAACUACAUAAACCCGCAACAUUUAUGCUAUCAACAUUCUGUUGAACCGCACAUGUAAGAAGGGAAGGCUUAGGGAAAGUUGUCGGACGUGAUUCAGGGCGCACGGACGUAGCCUGGUACUGGCCAGAAGGUGUCUAGCUAGGCGACGAUGGGGCUCUGGAUCAGUAAGCUUUGGUCCCUUUUUGGCGACCAGGAAGCUCGUAUCCUGGUGCUUGGGCUGGACAACGCAGGGAAAACAACAAUCCUGUACCGUCUCCAAGUCGGGGAGGUAGUUUCCACCAUCCCGACGAUUGGAUUCAACGUAGAGACGGUGACAUAUAAAAACAUAAAGUUCCAAGUGUGGGACUUGGGAGGGCAGACCUCCAUUCGGCCUUACUGGCGCUGCUACUUCCCAUGCACACAGGCCAUCAUCUACGUCGUGGAUUCGACGGACACGGACCGCAUCGGGAUCUCGCGGGACGAGUUUAAGGCGCUGCUGGACGAGGAGGAGCUGCGGGACUCGCUGAUCCUGGUCUUCGCCAAUAAGCAGGACCUGCCAAACGCUUUGAGCGAUGCCCAGAUAGCCGAGGGGCUAGGGCUGCAUGACAUCAAGAGCCGUGACUGGGCUAUCUUCAAGACAAGCGCGGUGAAGGGCGAAGGGUUG